AUGAAUUAUCUAGCACUUAUCGCUUCUCUUAUGACCAUUGCUGGGCUUGCACAAGCAUCGGGUAGAUAUCAUGCCGAAGUAAAGCAGCCAGUCUUUAUUCCACAUCUACUUCCCCAUCGAGAUGCAGGUCACCAACUCAAGCUAGCCAUGUUUGAAGCCAGCAACGAUCUGCUUCAAGCUCGUCCGCUCAUAAAAAUAAACCCUUUACAGCUCAUCGAUACCGAUAUUCAUGAUGAGGAAUUCCAGGCCAAUCAACACCAUCUGAAUAGUUGGAACACGAAUACCGAUCAAACAUGCGGUGAAAAACAGGCACAAAAGGAUUCCCUUCAUGCCGACUUGUGGUUUCCCAGAACCAGUUCUGCUCAGAACGUACCAGAGCUUAAUGCCUUGGAAACCAUCUAUUUGACAAAAAACAUUAUUUCAGCUGCUUCUAGAUGGCUGCUUAUUUAA